UAUAUUCAAAUUGUCUUCAUGACAAAGUUAGAUUUGGGGUUACUGCGCAGUAACAAACCAGACAGGACACAAUGCUGUGCCAUGUCGGCGAACAAUCUCUGGCUCCUCAAAUUACAUGUUGUGCAACCAAGAUCCUGGAUCUGACUACCUGCCUAAACAUAGGUUGGCCGAUGGGGCUGCUACUGUUUGAAACUCAUGACUGAAGUCGGCUCCUGUAGGAUAAAUACCUGGAUCCGUUGCUAUGGGUUGAAAAUAUUUACAGAUUUGUUGACGACGCUGUGCAACACUGCAUUGUACUCGUCCCAAUACCGAUUGGAGACUCAAUUAGGCCUAUUACGAGUCCCAAUACCAGCCCAGCCAGCCCAGCCAGGUACCUAAAUUUUGCUUGCCCUAGGCUUCCAGCUGGAUGUGCACGGUAAAUAGGGGAGUCAGUCAGAUCGGGCUCCAGAUGGAACCCCUGAACGGACUCGAGUCGCCACACAAAGCCGUAGAUAGAAGACUGCCGUUCUCAUCACGGAAAGUAUUCACAGUAACCAUGGUACGUCGGCAUGGCGAUACCAGCCAUUGUCAGUCAAGGCAGCAGCCCAGUCAGUCAUCGUGAAUAUCGGCAUGAUGCGAGUGCGAGUCCAUGCCUACUCUAUCUACGAGUGAGUCUAGGUAUCUCAUCCUCCCAGCCCAGCCGUAUUACCGCACAGCACAGCACCGCACCGCACUGCAGCCGUACGCACCGCGCUAGUGGAGAGACUAAGCGAGGCCCGCGCCCCCCAGCCCAGAUCAAAUUAUUCCCUCCGCGAGAAAUUCUGUUCUCCCUACCCAACUCUUCUGAACAUCAGAAAACCCAUCAUCGCAAAUCGACCCCCUAACUACUCCGGCGAAAUCUUCUACUCGUAGAAGACACUUCGCGGCAGGACUAGUCCCUCGAUACCCCAUCGUACUCGAUUUAAGACCUGUCAGCGCCGUCUCGACGUUCCGCUGCGACACACUCCUUCACACGAGAAAAAGAGCGCCUGCAAAGGCCAUCUUUUGAAGCACCACACCCCAAGAGCGAUUAAUUUCGACUCUACCGCCAUCUCCACUCCCUCCUCGACUGGUCUCCGCGACUACUCAUCUUCGGCUUCUCUCAAGGACAGAUCGGAUUUGACAUCUGGUCUCUACUUCUGCGAAGGAAAUCUCCGCUCUCUCUGCUCGUCGCGACGUCAUUAAUCUCCCACGAAUAUCACACGAGGUCGCCUUCGAAAAAGAUAACUCUAUGACUUCCGUCUCCCAACAAUCAACACUUCCCAACCAGGCCCCAAACUCCACGAGUGCGUCGCAGCCCACCCUGUCGUACGCCUCUACCGCGAAGAAGGCAGUCUCGUCGCCACCGAACGCGACGAGCUCCUCAACUCCCUCACCCGCCGUGGCUGUUGGAGGCUCUGGGCCGGUACAACAUGGAAAAAGUAGCUCGAUCUCGCCGAUGAAUGGCAAGCCAGCUAUUGCUCCAGCUGUACCGGCAGUUUCUGCACCUGCGAUUGCCCACAGCAGCUCUGCAACCAAUGGAUCUUCCACUGAUCACAGUCGGAAGAGCUCCGUCACAAUUGGCGCAAACGGUAUGAAUGGAGGUCCUGUCGGAGGCAUGAAGAUUCAAUUCGGGUCAGUCCCGGAAGCUUCUCCCAAGGUUGCUCACGGUACUCCUGAGGGCAGUCACAAUACAUCUUCCGCGCCGAUUGCGAUUCCAAACCCAAGAGUCACGGAUCCGUCCCACUCACCAUCGCCAAUUCCUGCACCAUCUGCCAGCGGUGGUAAGCCUCCUUCUGGUCUUGCUCAAGGUAGCAAUGCCCCCAUGACUUUUGGAAGCUUUGACAAUCAACGUCACGGGCAACGGACACCUAGCAACCAAGGUGCUUUGGCACCAGCCAACCAGCAAACAGGUCACAUUCGACAAGAGUCGGGCCAGUCAGCACAAAGCGACUUGAGCAACCAUGCUGGAGGAAAUCCAGGUCGUGGCGGAUACUCUGGUCGAGGCCGAGGUGGUGGCAACAACUUUAAUCCAUCCUACCCUCAGCAGCAACUGGGAUACCCACCGCAGAAUACCUUCAGACCAUCUGGUAACCAACCUCGCGGUGCUAUGGCUACGCCGUUCCAAAGUCAAGGUCGCCCACAAUUUCCAAACUCGCCGCACCCGGUUACCCGCAGCCCGAGUCUCGCGAGCGCGAUUCCUGGUUCAAUGCCUGGCACGCCAAACAUGAACCAGGCGAUGCCUAUGCAAAAUCCGCAACAAUUCAACGGCUACUACCCGCCACAGAUGCAACAUCAAGUAAAUCACCCUUUCACUUUUAAUCACUCUACAGAAAUUCCUCUCAAGUCCCACUCCAAGAUCAAGAAGGGCAAAUGGCAAAACAAGUCGAAUGAGCAGUACUCACGUCAACGCCCACGGGAGCCUUCAAGAGAAGUCGCUCGUUCCAUUUACAUGACUGAAGAGCCAUUGCUUCCAGUCCGUGAAAUCCAAGUCCCAUACGAUGGGAGAGAUUCGAGGUUCGGGCCGCUGCCAAUCGGUUCUGGCAUGCAACGUGCUCCGUCGAUUCCCUCUUCUCAAAAUGAGAGCCUUCCUCUUCUUCCCCCUUUUCCUAAGAUUCCAAAGGAUCUUGAUCUGUCUCCUGCAAACAAUAAUUUUGAGAUAUACUUACAAGCUGUGAAACAGUAUCCCCCAUACGCACAACCAUAUCCCGGUCAAGAUUCGCGAGGCAUGCCUAUGGGACAAAUGGCAUACAGCUAUUCUCAAAUGCAACACAUGAACAUGACAGGUUAUCCUCCACCACCAUCACCUCAACCUCAUUUUCAACAACCAACUCAAUACACUCCUGGUCAGUACAAUGCUGGUGGUCAGUCUAUGUCACGAAAUGGAUCACAAAUGUCAGAACGGCCUGCAUCUAGCAUGGGCCAGCCUGGCACACCUUCCAUGACUCCAGCCUCUCAUACACAACACACUCCUCAGGCCAAGGCAAACACUCCUGCUUCUCCAGCUUUUGCGAGACCCACUCGAAAGAGUGCCGCCAUUGUCAUCAAGAGACCUGAUGGUGAAGCUCUCGACAUCGGAAGCUUCAAGGCUGCCCCAGCCUCUCCUGCGCCUAGUCAGCGCGCCAGAACACCACCCGUCAUCGCUUCCACGCCGACUCCUCCACCAAAGUCAGCUACUCCUCAGCAUGCUCGUACGGAAAGCUCCACUCCUCAAAAGACACAAGAGCAAAUUCGUCUUGAGAUUGUUGAGAAGGUCCGAAAGUCCAAGGAGGAAGAAGACGCUGCCAACUCUGCGAAGGUGGCUGCUGAAGCUAAGCUUAAGGAGGAAGAGGAGGCCAAGGCUGCCGAGGAGUUGAAGCUCAAGGAGGAGGCUGAAGCAAAAGCUGCUGCAGAGAAGAAGAAGCAGGAGGAAGAAGAUGAGUUGGAGCGCCAGAUCCAAGAGAUGGAGGCAGCCGAGGCUGAGAGAGAAAGGAAGGAGGCAGAACUUCUUGCAAAGCGUCAGGCUGAGAAGCAGGCUGCCGAAGCUGCCAAUGCUGAAAAGAGAAAGGCAGAAGCAGCUGCAAAUGACCUCAAGCUCAAGGAGCAAGAACGUGAAAUGGAGCGUCUGGAGGACGAGAAGGAGCGAAAGCGUGCAGAGGCAGAGGCAAAGGCCGCGGGAGCUGACAAAGCUUCUGAGGAGACAAAGGAUGUUGCAAAGACAGGCCCCAGUACCCCCAGUACAUUGGCUACAAAGCUUUCCAAUCUCACCCUGGGCACGGAUAGCGGUGCAUCAACUCCCGACUCUGAUAGCUCCAUGGGUCCUCCUCCCAAAGUCAACCCGGCUGAGAAGCGUGGCAAGCCAGCAGCACUCAAUCUUGCUCCACUUAACACCAAGCCUAUCGAGCCUCCUCAGCCAAGCGCUGCCCUUCAGUCCCUCAAGUCGGCUCGCUUCCUCACUGUUCUGAACUCGUCCCUCUACCCACCAAACAUCAGCUCUCCAAAUCCUGCUCUGAACUCCGCGGUCACCACUAAGGGCAAGAGUUUCAAGUAUGACAAGGAGUUCUUGCUCCAAUUCCAAAAGGUCUUUGUUGAGAAGCCAUCCAUGGAGUUCGAGUCACAGAUCAAGGCUCUUAUUGGUGAUGGCGAUGGAGGAUCUGCUAGACCAGGCUCUGCUCGACCUGGUGGAGGUGGUGGCAGCAUGGGUCCAAGACAGAACUCUUCACGAAACAACCCACCCGGUGCUUUCGCGAUGGGUUCUUUCGGUGCUGGUGUUGGCAAGACCCUUCCUCCUGGAACUACUUCUGAGAUGCGCUUCGCCAUGGCUAGUGGUGCCAUGCCUCGUCCUCAACCCAGCUCUACUGCCUCUUUCACUCGCGCAGGUGGUGCUGGCUUCCCAGGCGGCAGUCAAAUGGCACGUGGCAUGUCAAAUGGCCCUAUUAAUAACAUGCCCCACUCGCCUCGCCAGCAAAGUAGAACACAACGCGGUGGAAGCAGAAAAGACAAUUUCCAAGGCUCCAAUGCAAAGCAAGAAGCACAAGCUGCAAAGACAAUGCCACUCACUGCCGGUAUGGAACUCAAGCCUAUCCAAGUCACUGCUACUGGAUGGAAGCCUCGCAGCGUUGGUCAAUCUCAAUCUGCUACUGGAGCUGCAGGUCCUACUCCUGGCUCAUCUGGAGCUACUGGUCACAUGGAACCCGACAUGGUUCAACGAAAGGUGAAGGCGGCUUUGAACAAGAUGACUCCCGAGAAGUUUGAUAAGAUUGCCGACCAGAUUCUUGCAAUCGCGGCCCAGUCCAAGGAUGAAGCUGACGGACGUACUCUUCGCCAAGUCAUUCAACUCACCUUUGAGAAGGCUACUGAUGAGGCUCACUGGGCUUCCAUGUAUGCUAAGUUCUGCAAGCGUAUGUUGGAGACCAUGAGUCCUGAGAUCAAGGAUGAGAGUAUCACCGACAAGAAUGGCAACAUUGUGUCAGGUGGCAAUCUGUUCCGAAAAUACUUGCUAAACAGGUGUCAAGAGGAGUUUGAGCGUGGCUGGAAGAUGGAUCUCCCAGAGAAGCCAGAAGGUGAGCGUGAAGAUGCGAAGACUGAGGAGGCAGCCAUGCUCUCCGACGAGUACUAUAUCGCCGCAACUGCCAAGCGUCGCGGUCUUGGUCUAGUCCAAUUCAUCGGUGAGCUCUACAAGUUAAGCAUGCUUACAGAACGUAUCAUGCACGAGUGUGUGAAGAAACUCGUCGACUACACUGGGAUUCCUGAUGAGGCUGAAAUCGAGUCUUUGACGAAACUUCUCAAGACAAUCGGUUUCAAUUUGGACAACACGGAGAAGGGCAAGCCCAUGAUGGAUGUCUACUUCCAACGCAUUCAGAGCAUGAUUGAUACACCCGAGUUGCCAAGUCGUUUGAGAUUCAUGCUUAUGGAUAUCAUCGAUCUGAGAAAGAAGCGAUGGGCAUCAAAGGAUAACAACAAGGGCCCAAAGACUCUUGAUGAAAUCCGAGUUGAGGCUGAAGCAGCUGCCAAUCAGAAGGCCGCUGAGAACAAUGCUCGAGGCAGUCAGCGCGGAGGCGGUCGUAUGCAGAUGGGUCGGGGCGAUUCGAGAAAUUUCUCCAACCAGUACAACCAACCUCCUGUCGACUACCAGAAGAACACUGUCGGUAUGGAUGACCUCCGUCGUCUCACCAACAAGAAUGCCAGCAGGGCUUCUAGCCAACAGAUGUCCUUUGGUCCCACAUCAAUGUUCUCAUCGCGCAGCAACAGCGGUCGCAAGAUGGGUCCUGGCGGUUCAUUGAGCAGAACAGGUGAAGAUUCUGGAGCUUCGUCAAGAACAGGCACACCUCCCCACAAGGAGAAAGAGUCUGCUACUUCCGCAAAUGCAUUCAGUCUUCUUGCAGGAUUAGGCUCGGGUGAUCACGAGAACCCAACCUCGCCACCUUCGACCUCUGUCUCUCCGGCUUUAUCAAAGGCUACACCUGCAUCAGCAGACAAGUCUGGCGACAAGGAGACUGAGUCAUGAGCAUUCCGUCAACCAACACAAAAGUGCUUUCAGAAGCAUCCUAAUCUCUGUGCAUAGACUGGUGGGCUAAUCUUGCAUUUGCGGCGGGGCCUCUUUCCAAAAACGUGUCUUAAAAGUUCCUUCCCUUUCUGUUACCAUACCAUGAUACCUCACGCUCGACCCAAUAGACCAGAUUUCUUUUUCUCGUUUGCUCCGCAUAUCUCGGAAGGUGUGCGGGAGACAGGUUGCUUUUGCUGCAUUUUCUUUUGGCUUAUGGGUUUGACCUGCGCGGGACGGUAUUCGACCGCCUCUGGGCCAACGACUAAAAGCUUUUGUGACAAUAGUUUUCCCUUUCUUUGGCUCUUACCUGAUCUUUACUCGCUGCUGCGGCUGGCGAGGGGGUCGAUACGCGUCUGCAUUUUGCGUUGGUACUUUGUUAUUGCAUCAGCUGGAUUCGUCCCCUUUUGCAGAUGAGGAAGGACCGGGAAUGUUACGCCUGCGUUGCGUUCGUCAUUUUCUUUUUAUCCUGAUAGCCUGGCUGGCUGGUAUUGUAAUCUUGGGUGGGAGCGGAAGCGGGGUCGGACUGUUCUAUGCUGGGGAAGAUAGGGACAAGAUGGGAGCACGACGGGGAAGAUUCGCUGAUGGAGGGUCAUAAACUGUACAAUAUCUAAUUCGAGCCAGUCCAGCCAGCUGCAGAACAUGAAACUUUAAACACUUAC